AUGACGACGGCGGUGACGGCGACCGGAGCGUCCGCGGCCCGGGGAGAGAGGCCACUCUCGUUUGGUCCACCGUGGGAAGGAGACGGAGCGUGGCCGUCUGCGGCCCGGUCCUGUAUCAGCCUCGGGCUGCGCGAUCCUUUUUCCGCUCCCCUCCAUCCUCGCGAGCGUGAGCUGUCCUGCUGGGGCCUUGGUCGGGGACGAGACUCUAGACAUCUCACCGGAGCGGACUGUCGGUUCAGCGGGUCCUCAGCUGGCGCAGUGGGGGAGAGCGAUGGAGCCUCUCACGCGGACGCCUCUCGGACGCCCGGACUUGUCCUCAGCGGCCAGGCUAGCGGCCCCUGCCCCCGGGAUGGACGCUGCUCAACUUCCACCAUCCCCAGAGGAGAUGCGGACAGCUACGGUGAGGGCAGAACCAAGCGGCGACGGGCAGACGGGAGGAGAGGCGGACGGCUCGUCGCCCAUCCAGCUCGCCAGGACCACGGGCCCUGCACCACCCAGACUAUCUGGAUGGGAUGUCACCCCCCCCCCCAUCGCCGCCCUCCCCGGUCCUGUGGUCACUUGACUUUCCUCUGCCUCGGUUCCCUGGGCUACGACACGCUCUCCCUCCCAGACUGCGAGCCCCCCGGGGAACGGGACUGCCUGCUCUGA